AUCUCCUCCUCCCACAAAAUCGGAGCGCGAGAGAUAGAUUUGAUCUCUCCACUUCUUUUUAUCUUUUGUUGGGGGACACACAGCGACCAGGGUGUGCCCCGCGAGGGAGGCAGCAUUUUCCCCCCAGAUUCCAUACCAUGGGCGAGAGAAUUAGGGCACUUUUCCACUCCAUCACUUCUUCUUCCACCACUCUUUGUUGAGUGAGGAAGAAGAGAAGGAGCGCGCCUUUAAAGUUUAUUUGCUCGGGGAGAGCCAGUGCCUCUCUCUGGAGCGUCAGCCAAAGCUACUUAUAAUCGCAGUGAAGGAGGGGAGAAAUCUCUCCCUCUCUCUCUCUCUCGCGCGAGCGCGCGCGGCGAUCGAUCUGCAAAGAAGAGAUGAUAGAUAGAAUGGAAAGAAUGGAAAGAGCUUUAGAUAUGGCGCCUGGAAGAGCCCAGCUUCUUUUCCUUCCUUCUUCCUCUUCUUUGUGGUACCACUGACACAUCGGUCUGGCCUGACUCCACAGUGUUUUUCUCACUCACUUCGAUCGCCGCCCUCUCCAGCGCGCCGUCGCGCGGCGAAUCUGGCCUAGCAGCCGCCGCUCGAUCGCUCGAUCGAUCAUGCUCGCCGCUGGAACGAUCUCUGGGUGGCUAGGAACAAGGAUCGUGUAAGAUCGAAGAGAAGAGAGUAGCUAGCUAGCUUGGGAGCUCGCUCGCGCGAUAGACAGCAUGGAUUUGAUGGGCAGUAGCACCAACACGACGACGAGCAGCAGCGAGAAAUCCAGCAGCAGUAGCAAAUGUAGACGGCUGGGGGACAUCCUGCCCGCUACGCCCACCACGAGCAACAAGACCGCGCGGACGAGCAGCGAUUCCGCCAAGCAGUCGAGCAGGUCGGGCGGAUCGUCGCCCGGCCACCACGGGCAGCUACAGCACCAGCACCAGCACCAGCACCAGCGGCAGCGCUCCUGCGGCUCGCCCACCGAUUCCUCCACCGCCGCCACCGCCGCCACAGAGGAUCACUUACUACACACGAGCGGAUCCAUCUCCUCUCCACCGAAUUCGUUCGCCAAUUCCUCCUCGUCCUCGCAGCACUCUGGGAUGAUCCUCAUGCCUCCUCCGACCAUGGCCGGUGCUGGAUCGUCCGCAGUUAGCGCAUCGUCUUACGGAACUAUGGGAGGAGCUAUGGCAAUGCCGGGGAUGGGAGGAGGAGGAGGAGGAGCGAUGAAUCUCGCGAGAUCACCGAUGCUCUUCCAGCAGCAGCCAGCGAUGAAGCAAUCCAUGGGAUUCCAGCAGCAGCUGGCGAUGGGGAGCGCGAGCAGCCUGCUGGGCCUCCACGAAGCCUUCAUGGCGUCGCGCUAUCCCUUCACGUCCCUCCAGUGGGCGGAGCUGGAGCACCAGGCGCUGGUUUUCAAGUACAUCCUGGCGCGCGCGCCCGUGCCGCCCGAGCUCAUCGCUCCAAUCCGCUCCACCUCCUUCUCCUCCAUUCUAGGUGGGGGAGGAUCGUGGCCCUGUACGAUCCCAUCGUCGGCCAACGCUGGCAGUGGGCAUGGGGUACACACGAAUCACCUCGACGCGGAGCCAGGACGGUGCCGGCGUACCGACGGCAAGAAAUGGCGGUGUGCACGGCCCAUCGUCCCGGAUCAAAAGUACUGCGAGCGGCACAUCAAUCGUGGCAGGCACAAGAAGAAAUCUUCCGCUGCUACGGCGGCUGCGGUAGCUGCGGCGGCGGCGGCCGCCACCACCGGCGGGGGAGGAAUGGGAAGAGUCUCGUCCACCACCAGCACUAGCACAAGCACUAGCAGCACGAGUGCGUGA